AAAAAUCUUGUCUAUGGUAAAAAUGUUCGAUUUGUGGUAAUGUUUUUACUUUUAUUUUUGUUGAGUGUCUUAUAACAAAUGUUUGUGGUCAAUUUUAACGUAGUUUUAUGAAAGCGGUUCAAUCAAAAUCAAGGCAUGGGCAAUCAACUGGUUGGGAUUGCUCCAUCGGAGAUAUUCCCAGUCGAACACUAUUUAACCGAUCACACACAACUACAGUUUGAUGCCAGUUUGGGCAGUACAAGGUUUUUCAAAGUAGCUCGUGCUAAAUCGCAAGAAGGCAUGAUUGUCGUUAAGGUAUUUGCCGUUCAUGACCCAAUGUUGCCAUUAGUUAAACAUCGAGUACGCGUAGAAGAAAUCAAGACAAAAUUACAAUCUGCAGUUAAUUGUUUAUGUUUUCAAAAAGUCAUAAUGUCUGACAAAGCAGUGUUUUUGAUGCGGGAGUAUGUCAAAUACAGUCUGUAUGAUCGAAUAAGCACGAGGCCGUUUUUGACAAUUACAGAAAAGAAAUUUAUCGCUUUUCAAAUAUUAUUUGCUCUUAGACAAUGUCAUACCUUAGGUGUAUCUCAUGGUGAUAUAAAACUAGAAAACAUUAUGAUCACAUCGUGGAAUUGGGUUUUGCUUACCGACAUUGCUUCAUACAAACCUACUUAUUUGCCUGACGAUAAUCCUGCUGAUUAUUCGUUUUUUUUCGACACUUCUCGUAGACGGCUUUGUUACAUUGCACCUGAACGUUUUGUUAAGUCAUCCACGGAAGCUAAUAACCAGUUGUUACCAUCCGAAGAUCACAUAAAAAAGGGAGAACUGACACCAGCUAUGGAUAUAUUUUCAGCAGGGUGUUCAAUAGCAGAGAUGUUCACUGAUGGUCAUCCGCUUUUUGAUUUAUCACAAUUGUUAGCUUAUAGAAAUGGAGAGUACGAUCCAAAUCCUCACAUAGAAUCUAUAGAAGACCAAGGAAUUAAAGAUCUUAUCAAAUCUAUGAUACAACUGAAUCCAGCUGAUCGUUGUUCAGCUGAACUGUAUUUGGAUGAAGAAAAAAAUAAAAUUUUUCCGGAUUAUUUUUAUUCCUUUCUACAGCCUUAUUUACAAAUGUUUUCUGCCACCGAUCCCAUAAUUUCGCCCGAUGAAAAAAUUGACAGGUUAAAAAGUGAUAUCAAAGGAAUAAUCAAUAUGUUACUUCCGUCUAACGAUUCAACCGAGUGUACAGAGGGUCUUGUGUUAAUUGUCCAAUUAGUCACGUCGUGCAUUAGAGGUUUACACUUGUCAACGACAAAAGUUCAAGCCUUAGACGUCCUACUCGAGUUGUCAAGGUACUGUUCCGCCGAGACGGUUUUGGACCGUAUCGUUCCAUACAUUUUUCACAUGAUUCAAGAUGUGUGCCCGGGCGUACGUAAAUCUGCUUUACAUGCUUUGAACAACAUGUUAUCGACAGUGAAUAAUUUAAAACCGAGCGAUGCCAACACUUUUCCAGAGUAUAUUUUUCCAGGACUUAUUAAUGUUGCUCACGACGAUGCUGUUAUAGUUAGGACAACGUUCGCUCAAAUCAUCUCGCAGUUAGCACAAACGGGUUUGAGAUUUUUGAAAUGUUGUCAGAAAGUUAAAGACGACGAACCAACAACGAGUGCAUUUGAAACCGAAUUAGCCACUCUACACGAAAUGGUACAACAGUCAGUGUCUGUUCUUCUUACAGACAGUCACAAUAUCGUGAAACAAACUCUCGUCAAUAGCAAUAUCGUUGAACUUUGUGAAUUUUUCGGCACACAACGAGCUAAUGAUGUUAUAUUAUCUCAUAUGGUGACAUUCCUGAACGAUAAGACCGACAAGCAUUUGCGUGCAUCAUUCUUUGAAAAUUUUGUCAACGUAGCUUCUUUUGUCGGCCCUCAAUGUUCACCUAUAUUGAGUCCGCUUUUACAGCAAGGUUUUUCCGACAGUGAAGAAUUUGUAGCCAAAAAAGCACUCAACGCAAUGACACUGCUAAUAGAAAAAGGUUUAUUACAGAAGACGGCCCUUUGUCAUUUGAUCAGUGAUAUAUCUUGUUUUCUUAUACAUCCAAAUCUGUGGAUAAGACAGGCUACUGUAGGCUGUUUUAGUACUACAGCGAGAAUAUUGGACGAUGUCGAUGUCCAGUGUAAAAUUUUACCUGUCAUGAAACCUUAUUUAAAACAUUCAAUGAUUCUAGUAGACAGGGAAGAAUUAGUGUUGAAUACUCUAAAGGAACCUUUGCCGAGAAAUGUUUACGACACUGUAGUUAAGUGUUCUAUUGUAGAUACAUUUGUGAAAAUAUUGGGAGAACGCAAAAAAGCCAGGACCAUAGCUAACACUGGUCAUAUACCUUUACCGAGUGUUACCCAAUCAAUGCAUCAAAAUAGUGCCUUAAGAAAUUUGAUCAGGAAAUUGGAGUCGGAAGGAAUGACUGAAGAGGUAGAAGAUCAAUUGUUUGCAUUAUCUGUACACAUUUUGAAGGUCCACAGACAAUUAGCGUUUGACAAUAAAUAUGGAUCAAAAGGAAAAAUAAAGAUUGGAAAUUCAAAAAACAAUGUAAACUGUCAUUCGGUGUCGUUGAUGCAAUCUCAAAAUUCAAAACUUCAAGAGUCAUCAGCUACUAAUCGUCGAAAGUGCGUAGACGACCAACCGGUUGCGAACAUGAACGACGAAUGGAAAUGCAUGUUCGGUGGACAAGAAUCUUCAAAACAGAUGACACAUUCCUCUCAAAAUCCAUCUCCAGUUGGCGGCUCUUAUACAUUUGAUGUACAGCCUUCGCCAUCUCAUAGCAUCGAAGGACCGAAUGACAUGUCAUAUAUCCACUACCGCUAUGCACCGUGUAGGCUAGAACUUGGCAAGCUGAUUUCUCACCGACAAGAGUGUUACGAGAUGACUAUGAGACGACACGAGUGGGCCGAGCAAGAAGUUUGGAAACCGAGACUUCCUCCACCCGGUUGGCGACUACGUUCACAGUUAGUUGCUCAUCUGCAUGAACAUAAAGCUGCAGUAAAUAGACUAGUGUCCAUUCCAAACACAUCGUUAUUUGCCAGUUGUUCGUCGGAUAGUUAUGUACGCAUUUGGGAUUGCGUUAAAAUGGAGGGUAAAAAUAUUGCGAAUCGUUCCAAGCAAGUGUACAAUCACCAAAAUGGAGCUUUGUACGGUAUGACGACUUGUAGAAACAAUCAAUCAUUGGCGACAGUUAGUCAUUCGGGAUCAGUAGUUGUUCUCAAUAUAGAUUCAAAUAGUACCAAACUGCCCGUCAUUCAGUCCAAACAGUUGGAUUUGCACGAGGAUGGAUGUGCUAUCGACGUAUCUUAUUUGGACUCUGGAUCCCAAAUGGUUCUUGUGUACGCAACCGUGUAUGGUUCUCUCGUCGGUUGGGACCUUCGAGCUCCCAAGUUGGCUUGGAAGGUUAAUAAUGACAUAAAACAAGGAAUCAUAACAGCCAUGUGCUUGGAUACAAGGCAAAGCUGUUUGACUUUGGGCACAAGUAGCGGUUAUCACACUUGUUGGGAUUUACGUUUUAGGUUACCGAUUGCCACAAUAGCUCAUUCUAAAGCUGUGCGUGUCAGACGACUAAUUAGACAUCCUACAGAGUCGUCGUGGAUCAUAUCGGCCAUGCAAGAUAACAAUGAAGUGACCGUGUGGAAUUUGGAGAGCGGUUCAAAACAGCAAACUCUUUGGGCUAGCAGUGCUCCCCCGUUAUCAAACAGUCAGACUAACAACCACAGCGUUUGCGCAUUGUACACUAUGAACACUGAUCAUGGUCCAGAGCUUUUAACCGGCGGCACAGACCAGAGGAUUCGCAAAUGGAAUCUCACGUCACCGGGUGAUUCGUACAUAGCCAUACCAGCCGCAAGUGACGUGAUGGGUCAUUCGCUUUACUGCUACGAGUGUCGGCUGGUGGACGGCACUAACGUCGUGCAAGAGGUGUGCACAAAAUCGAGUAGCGCUGUGAUAACUGGUGACGAAGAGCCGCCGUGCGCUACUGAUCAACCAGCGCCGGGUCACGUGGGUUCUAUAUUGGACAUCACAUCGUGUAUGGCAUCUCAAUGUUUUCUAGUCUCGGCGUCGUGUGACGGUAUCAUCAAAGUGUGGAAAUAAUGUGAUAAAUACAAAAAAACAAAUAUUAAUAUUAUCUCGAACACUGUGUUUCGGCCGUUUCAAUUUUUUUUUUUUAUAUAUAAGAUAUUAAAUAAUUAUGUUAUUGUGAUAGUGAUGUAACAAACUUUUGGAGUUGCACA